UCCAAGGAGGAAUUGUCCAUCCUUCUGUCCAACGUGACGGUGCACGACGAGGGCGUUUACAGCUGCUUCCACUACGGCAGGCGCUUCAAAAACCACAGCCAGAAAGUUGAGAUUUUGGCUGCUCCUUCUCUCCCGGUGCUGGAAGCAUCCCGAGAUGCAGGAAGAGGCAUCCGACUGUCCUGCCACACCCAGGGGUGCAAACCCCAGCCCCGGAUUUCCUGGCUGCUGGACAAUGGGAUAGAACUCCCAGGUGACAGCAGGCACCAGCUGGGAGCGGAUGGGAAGAAGUGGAGCUCGAGCAGCAUCCUGAGGGUGCUGAGAUUCAACCCCAAAGCCACGGCCAACUGCACAAUUCAKCACCCCGCGCUCRGGGRGCACAGCCUGGUGGCUUCUUUUCAYUUCCAGGACCUCCCCAGMGCAGGUACUGCAGCUCCUCCAAGAUUCCAACAAAUCCCAGCCCUUAUGCAUCCCAAAAAAAAUCCAGUAGGUUACAGCCCUUCAGAGAAUCCAGGAGAUCCCCGCCCUUCUGCAACCCAAAAAAAUCCAGCAAAUCCCAACCCUUCUGCAUCCCCAGAGAUUCCAACAUAUCCCAGCCCUUCUGCAACCCCAAAAUAUCCAGCAGAUCCCAGACCUUCAGAGAAUCCAGGGGAUCCCAGACCUUCUGCAUCCCCAGAAUCCCCAGAAGUUCCCAACCCUUCUGCAUCCCUAGAGAUUCAAACAGAUCGCAACCCUUACACAACCCAAAAAAAUCCGGCAGGUUCCAGCCCUUCAGGGAAUCCAGCAGAUCCCAGCUCUUCAGAGAAUCCAGGAUAUUUCGCUCCUUCUGCAUCCCCAGAGAAUCCAGCAGAUUCCAACCUUUCUCCAUCCCCAAAAGAUCCAGCAGAUCCCAACCCUUCAGGGAAUCCAGCAGAUCCCAGCUAUUCUGCAUCCCCGGAAUCCCCAGCAGAUCCCAGCUCAGCCCCAACCCCAGCCCAUCAAACUCUCCCAGUUGUCCCAUCCCACGGGGCUGAGGCAGCACCCGGUGGAAAUGCCACAGAACAGAAACUCCCCAGGACAGAGGCACCACGGAGUGAAAAUGUGACUGUGAUUUCCAUCCUCACCCUGGAAAAUGAUGUUUCGGAGCAGACRCUGGAGAGUUAUAAAUCCAGAUCAAACGAAGACAGUCCAGGCCACGAGAAGAAUGGACAGGCUGCCAAUCCCAAAUCCAACCUGCAAUACGUCACAGAAGGAUAUGUGGAARCCACGAAGAAGAACCUGGAAACCCCAGAGAAAAACCUGGAAAUCCCAGAGGAAAGACCAGGAGACAAAAACUUUGCAAUAAGUGAGAAAAUGUUUCAGCGUGGGAAGGAGACAGAUGUAUAGCAAUGCAGGAAAUGCAGUUUUUUUAUAUUUGUGUUAAAGUUUUCAAGGACAAAAAGCUGAUUUUUCCCCAAAAGUUGGGGCUGGUUUUAUCACCCAGCAGGAGGAGGAGAUGGGAUUGGUGCUCCUGGAACUGAUCCAUGGAUUGAUUCAGCUGGGACCCUGAGGGGAAUUAAUUAAUUUAUUAAUUAAUUAACCCCUGCUGC